CUGAGUUGCGCUUGCGUACUACGUCCUUUGUCACUGGAGAAAUCGACCAGACUAAAAUCAGUCAGCAAUUAAAUUUGAUUUAACCCAUAAUAUGCCAAUUGAUCAACGCCAAAAUGGACCGGGACUAGAGCAGCAGUUUGCUGGUCUAGGCAUCAAUAGUGGUCCUCCACGAGGUGGCGGACGUGGAGGUCGAAAUGACUUUGGUGGACAAGGAAGUAGCUAUGUUCCCCCACAUAUGAGAAAUAAAGGUAUGCAAGAUAGUGCUCCACCCCAGGGGAGGGAAUUUCAGUCAAGAGAUAAUAGAGAUGGAGGUUAUCAAGGAGGAUAUAACCAGGGUGGUGGUGGUGGUGGAUAUAGAGGUGGAUAUAAUAAUUUCAAUCAAGGUGGCAGUGGAUACAAUGAUCGGGGUGGAUAUAAUCGUGGGGGAUAUAACCGUGGAGGCUAUAAUAGUGGCGGGUAUGAUGGCGGUUAUCAAAAUCGUGAUGGUGGAUACCAGUCUCGUGAUGGCUACCAGAACCGUGAUGGGGGAUAUCAGAACCGUGAUGGGGGAUUCCAAGGACGUGGUGGUUAUGACAGAGGUGGUCGAGGGGGAUACAACAAUUUUGGAAAUAGGGGUGGAUACAAUCAGGGACCUCCAAGAUUUGAUCAACCUCCUCCAAACUUUAAUCAACCUCCACCACCAAUGGCAGGAGGAAGAUGGGAUGGCCUUAUGGAAGAACGCCACCAGACAAGGCAUUAUCAAUCAGGACAAAAUUAUGAUGUGAACAGUCGAUGGGAUAAUAGGGCUGACAAUGAUAGAUAUGGUAAUAAUGAGACAACUAAAGAUAACUGGGCUGUUCCCCUUCCACCAAACCAAAAAAUGGAAGAUGAGUUGUUUGGAAACAGUAACACUGGGAUCAACUUUGACAAGUACAAUGAUAUACCUGUAGAUGCUACUGGGGAAGACUGUCCCCAACAUAUUGAUGAAUUUGAUGAUAUUGGUUUUGGAGAGAUUAUUCGAAACAAUAUUAAACUCACAAGAUAUCAAAAGCCAACUCCAGUACAGAAGUACUCAAUACCAAUUAUUAUGGGAGAACGAGAUCUAAUGGCUUGUGCCCAGACAGGAUCUGGAAAGACAGCAGCUUUCCUUGUGCCAACAUUGAACAAGCUGUAUGAAUGUGGGCCUGGUGAUGCACCUGUAAAUGGUGUUCCUCAAGGAGGAAAGGUUGGUCGCAGGAAACAGUUUCCUCUUGCACUCGUUUUAGCACCCACACGUGAAUUGGCAUCUCAGAUUUAUGAUGAAGCUAGAAAAUUUGCUUACAGGUCUAGAGUUCGGCCAUGUGUUGUUUAUGGUGGAGCAGAUAUUGGUUCUCAGAUGCGGGAUUUAGAUAGAGGUUGCCAAAUGCUGGUAGCAACUCCUGGACGUCUUGUUGAUAUGAUGGAGAGGGGAAAGAUUGGACUUGAUCACUGCAGAUUUCUGAUACUGGAUGAAGCUGAUCGUAUGUUAGAUAUGGGAUUUGAGCCACAGAUAAGACGUAUUGUUGAAAAGGACACAAUGCCACCUACAGGAAAGAGACACACCAUGAUGUUUAGCGCAACAUUUCCUAAAGAAAUUCAGAUUUUAGCAAGAGAUUUUCUGGAGAACUAUAUUUUCUUGGCAGUUGGUCGUGUUGGUAGUACAAGUGAGAAUAUCACACAGAAAGUAGUGUGGGUAGAGGAAAUUGAGAAAAGAUCUUUCUUGCUGGAUCUUCUUACAGCUGCUGGUCCAGACUCUCUUACCCUGGUAUUUGUUGAAACAAAGAAAGGGGCAGAUGCUCUUGAAGAUUACCUAAUCUCUGAAGGUUACCCAGCAACCAGUAUCCAUGGUGAUAGAAGUCAGAGAGAAAGAGAAGAGGCUCUAAAAGUGUUCAGAAAUGGAGAGAGACCAAUUCUUGUUGCCACAGCUGUUGCUGCUAGAGGUCUGGAUAUACCUCAUGUUCGACAUGUGGUGAACUUUGACCUUCCUAGUGACAUUGAGGAAUAUGUGCACAGAAUUGGAAGAACUGGUCGUGUAGGAAAUCUUGGUUUGGCAACAUCAUUUUUCAAUGAGAAAAAUAAGAAUAUAACUCGAGAUUUGAUGGAUCUACUGGUAGAGGCUCAUCAGGAGGUACCAUCAUGGCUGGAGUCCACUGCCUAUGACUCGCGUCCAACAGGUGCUACAAGAGGUAGAGGAAGAAGAUUCACCACAACAUUUGGUAGCCGUGACUAUCGUCAACAGAACAAGUCUAAUCCACAACAAGGUUUCAAGAACUAUGGAAACCAGCAGUUUAAUCCAAUGGGUCAAGGUUUCAGUAACUAUGGUGGCAGUUACGGUGGAUCAUAUGGUGGUGGAGGAUCUAAUGCUCCAGAUUGGUGGGGCAACUAAUUUCUUACUCCCAGCAUACAGCCACACCAUUUAACAUUUUAAUAUUGUUCAAUAAUUGAACAGGACCAAAAUAGUUUACAACAAGAUACUAUACUUAAUGACCUUAGAUUUAGAUUUGUUCAACAGCUACUAAGUCUAUGUCACUAUUCAUUCCUAAGUUCAGUAAUAGAUAAUUGUAUUAAUUGUUUUAUUAAGCUUGGUAUUGUGAUAAGAAGCACUCAUUAUUAAUGUGGUAAUCAUGAAGCAAUUAUUAAACUGUUUAAUGUAAGACUGUCAUCUUGCUGCAGACAGGAGUAUUUCAAGUAGAUAUAUGAAUGCGAUAUUGUUUUUUCAAACUGCUUGAUUGAUAAGUUAUCACAAAGAUUAACAUCACGUUCUGCUAAUAGUGAUAUGAUAAUGAUGUGGAGAGUCUGUCAUGUGAAAGAACAUAAUGUAUUUUAUAGGAUGAAAGAUUAAAAUUGUGAAUUUGUACAUUAUUUUAUGCCUACAUUUAUGUGAAAGAUUCCAUUUAGAUUGAUAAAAACUGAAGGUGAGAUAAUUAUCUUUUGUAAGAAUACAUUAGACAGCUCAAAACUUUUUAUACAAAAUAAUAAUAAUAUUAUUUGACAGAUUGAGAAGAUACAUGUGUGAGCAGUAAUGAACUAUUGUAACCCCAUGCCUUUUAAAACUGAAGUAUAAAAUGUGUGAAACCAGUACUGAAAAUUAUCAUAGUUCAUGUUUCAUUCAAUAUAUGACACAUUUAUUUGGAAACUUCUUUUUAAAGUUUGCAAUUUCCAAAUUAGUAUGUUCAGGUAGUACUGUUAAAAAAUGAUAAUGGUAGACCAUUUAAAUAAACACAUGUAUGUGGUGUAAGCUUUAAGCUUAUCUCUUUACUAACUCAUCAAUUUGUAGUUGUGUAUGAAGAGGAUAAAUCCUAGUUGUGACAUCUUAGUGUCUCAUUCAUAGACGUUUGUUUUCAGCUAGUUUAUAUUAUAUAGAUGUUUUAUAUGUCUUAUACGUCUUCAUAUAAUGCAUUAUUUUGGGUCAAAGAUAUCACUUCAUAUUGUCUAGUCUAAUGUCAAUAUGUAUUCUUUAUUCUUCCCUUUGAACAUUUACAUGUAUAAUAAACAAAAAAUAAAGUUUAAAUUCUGCAGACCAUUCUAAUCAAUGUUUUGUGUAAGUUUUGAAAAUUUUAGGUGUUUCUUCAUUAAUUGUAGGCAAACAGGAAUGAUACGUGUUUGAAUACAUUAUGUGAGAAGUGCAAUCACCAGCAACAUUGUGUACUUUCUAGAAUGUUUUGUUAUUUUAUGCCACUUUUGAUUUUCUAGUAUAACAUGGUCUUAUUCUUAAAUCAUAAAAUUACCAAAAAUGCCUAUUUGAGAAAGUUAAGGUGUUUUAUCUGUGAUUUAAUUUAAUAAUGUGUCCAUUUCUUUGUCAAAGAUAUGCCUCAGAACUAAUUUUAUUUUCCUUUGCUACAAGUCGUUUUUAAAUUAGAGUGGCUUAUAGUGUCCUAUUUUUUAAUAGAAAAAAGCUUAAAUUUUUUUUCAAGACAAAAAUAAUGUAUGGCUACAGAAAUAAUAAUAAUUAUUGUUUCAAACUUUAUAAUGUCUUUUAUGACUAGAGAGGGAGAGAGAGAAAAGUUUGUCAAAUUUCAGUGAUAGUUAUUUUGCUAGAUGUGUAUUUGUGCAAGUUUUGCUUCUACAAUUUAUGAUACAUAUUUUCUGUAGAAAGAUAAAAGAAUUUAUUUGUAAUAAAAUGCAAAAUUAAAAAACUUAAGACAUUUUAUUAGCAAAAUUGUUUUAUAAGAGAUACUUUAUAUAUUAUUAGUGUUGUUCACUAUUUCUUGUUUAUAUUUUUUUUAGUUAUGAAACAUUUUAAGCCUUACAAUAUAAGAAAUACAGUGAUAAGAAAAUGCAGCUUUUGUAUCCUUAAAGUAAGAUUUCAGAGAAACAAUACCUUGUUCUCAAUAUUUUAUAUCUUUGGGUUUUUUUCCCUCAGAGAAUUUUGAUAAUUUCACGUUUUGUUGUGCUAGUAAUUAAGUAUACAUGAUUACAGUGUCAUAUCUUUCUAAAAACAACUAACAGACAUGAUAUAGUAGCACAAAGUAGCAACUUGUGUAUGAUUUAUUGGUCUGAGGUGUUUGAUAAAUAUUUUAUUCCUGUUUUUAUUUCAUUUAUCAUAAAGGAAACAAUCUCUUGUGAUGUUUCCUAAUACAAGUACAAUAUUAAAAAUUAAAAUACAAGUAAUGGAAGCUUAAAGAAGUUAUUUUCUGUUUGAGCUGUGUCUUUUAUAGACAUUUUAAUAAUCACAAAUUACUGGACAGGAAGGUUUUCAUUUAUUCUUGUUGGAAAAUAGUAUAACCAAUGUUUUUCAUUUGUAAGAUUUUGAAUUUGGGAACAUUGUUGCAUGUACUGUGAGUUUAGAAAUUUAGGAAAUGUAUGAGUGAUGAAAAUCCAAAAAUAGCUGGCAAUUCUUCCAAUGGAUCAUUAUAAAGAUUUUUAUAAUUUAUCUGCAUUUAUGUACAUUGUGUUACCUGAGCUCCUUAUCUUAUUAUAAAAAUGUGGCUUGAAACAAAAACAACAAUUGUUGUUGUCUUGCUGUACAAGUAAUUGUUAUUUACAUUUUGCAACUGACAUGACACAAAUGUAGUGUCCAUUAUAGUAGUAAAAUUUAAUUUACUGUUUUUAGUAAAAGUAUAGAAAGAUUGAUUCAACAUACUGAACCAACUAUUCUCUAUUAAUGAUUUCUCUGCAAUUUCAAAGUGUAUAUGUUGUAUAUAGGGUAGCAACAAUAAGCUUAAGUUAGUUUCCAAUGUUUUUUCUUUGUUCUGAUUCUAGAAUUCAGUUAGAUAGCUGCAAUAAUUAGAACUGUGAAACAUAAAUGAGAUAUAUGACUUGUUGCUGCCCUAUUUACAUUUAAUGUAGGUCAUCAUGUUUUAUUGUUUAUAGAAUAUUUAAUGAUGAUACUGAACUCUCACUAGUCAUUAUAUAUGAUACACUUACAGACAAUUUGUUUUAAAAAUGAAAUUGCCGUCCUUUGUAUAACUUGAAAUAUAAAUAUGGUAAGCUUAAGAUGAUUUUUUUAAGUUUUGCAGUGAAUGUUUGGAUCUGUAAAAUGAAAUAGGUAUAUUUUCACUAAAUGGUCAUUGCAAAGUAAUAUUUGUCUCCCAUUGUAAUCAUUUCUGAAAGUUAUAUAAUUUUAGUAAACAGAACAUCUCUAUUUAUCUAUAAAAAAUUUCUUUAAGAAAUGGUGAAUUUUUACAAUAAUACUCAAAUUGGUCAAUAAAUUCACUAACAUAAUGACUAGCAUACUCAUUUAACAAGUGUAUGUCAAAUUUUAUAACUUCCCCUCCUGGUGAAAUAUAUACUAAAUAUUUGGAGUAAAACCCUGUACCUUAUAAAAUCUUUCAUGUGAUUAGUACAGGUAGUUAAAUUAUAAACAAAAUUAAGAAAAAACAUGCAAAUUAAAAUGAUCAGGUGUAAUGUAUAUUAAAAGUAUUCAUGUAUGCAAGUUAUACACUAGUCUAGGUGUUCCAGCAUAUAAUAGAGUUGAGUGUGUUAACGAAGAGGUUGUAGUGUAUGUUGUCAAUGAUAACAUUGAAGGUAUAAAUGAAGAGAUGUGCAUACUGCAAGCAUUACACUGUCAUUUAUUUCUGUAAAUUUCCUAAUGGAAACAAGUGAUAAAAUGAUCUCAUAAAAUAUAUAUUUAUUUAUACAUAUAUAUAGGUGUGCCUUUAUAAAGUGCUCAUGUUGUUGUUCUACCUAGUCCUUUUAGCAGAAACCAACUGUGUUCAAACAUUUUUAUUAUUUUUUUUGCAACAUUAUUAUAUAUAAUAUAAUUAUAUAUUGAUUUUAUAUUAUACAGUAUUAAAUCCAGGUGCCAUUCAUACUUUGUUACAUUCACACUAUAUAUAAUAACACAUUUUGAGGAUGGAUAUUUACAAUGAUGUAUGUAGAUGUAGGUAAAUGGUUAAAAUUAACUGGGUUGUUAUAAGACUGUGAGAUAUAAAUCAUAUAUAUUUACAGUAUGUUUGGGAAAAGUGUACCAAAAAACAGUAAAACGUUAGUAGUACAUCAGUUUUGCUAGGGGAGAAGAAAUAUUCUCUGAUUACAUUUUUUUAACGAGAUAAACUUAAUGCGAUUUUAUAUGUGAAGUUAGCAUUUGUUGGAGAUUUUAUUGUUUUAUUGUUUUUAUAUAAAUGUGAAGUUAUAAUGUGAAUGUGACAAUAAAAUGCUUUAUAUUGGCAUCUUAAUUUUUACAAUGAAAAUGUUGCUGAUGUUUCUCUUAACAAUUAUUAGUGCUUAAAGAUUGCACUUGUGAUACCUGAACUUAUUUUACAGAUGUUGCAAAACCUGGAUUGAUCACAAUAUGAUUAUAUAUUGUUUGAUCCAAGUAUAUUUUGAUAUGAUUUUUUUUUUUACAAAAGUGGAACAUUUUUGUUUUCUGGAUUUUCUAUGGUAUCUGCAAAGGACACAAGAUUAUGAAAUGGGCACACCUGUAUGUGAAAGUAUAGUAUAUGGAUUGUUUUAUAUUGAGUACUUUGAUUAAUUUCAGUACAUGGUAUGAAAAGUUCUGUCUUGAAAAACUGAAUAAUGCAAAUCUUUUGACAACAUAAUUAUUUGCCAUGUAUUAUCAGUAUAUAUUUUCUAUAAGUAAUGAUAAAUAGUCCUUAAAUAUGAAAGUAACAAAGCUUACAAGAGCUUUACACACAGAUGAAAAAUAUGUUAUAAUAAUCUUGAAUUUGUGUUUGCCCAGUAGUAAGGUACUGGAGAAUGCAUUGUUGUUGCAUUACCCAUGCCUCAUACAUAUGAUAUAAACAACCAUACAUGUGUAUAAUAACUGAUCCCGGAUCAAAUGUCUCUACAUUGAGACAUGCCGAGAAAUGAAACCUCUGCAAAAAAGACACAUGAUGUUCAUAAUUAUAGAAUGUAUAUAUGGACAUAUAUACCAAAUCAAUGGCAUUAAUUAUAACUUACUUUGUUUAUUCAGAUCCAAACAGUAAUCCUGCAAACCUUUAUGUAUAAACAGUUGAGGAAUAAAAAAUGACGUUUGAAGAGCAAGUGUAAAUUUCAGACUUGUUGAUGUAUUUCAAGUAAAUGUGCUUUGGUAGGCAAUCACAAAUUCAUGUAAUUCCUAUUAACAGACUUUUAUAUAGGGCUUAUUUAUAUUUUAUCUGAACUAAAGUCUUUAUUUGGAGGUUAACAUUCAUUGACAAAUUGUCAUAAGGAUUGUUAACCCAUCUAUGUUUGCUUUGGCAGUAUUAAUGAAAAUGUUUACUUCUUUCUAUGUACUAGAUGAAGUAUAAAGUUGACUUACUGUCUAUAUGUAAGUUCAUUUCUCAGUAAACAUGUAUUGAUUUUUAUAGCAAACAAUUUCAAUGUAUUAAGAUAAAAAGUAACAGUGUGAUUGUAAAUGAGCAUAUUUAUCGAUAUUGUCAAUUUUCAUAGGAGUGAUUUAAAGUUUACCAGAGCACACCUUUUAGUUUCACACAUGGUACUGUUUGAUUUUGGUUAAAUGACAAUUGUUUUUAUUUAAAAAGAAAUCAGAUUUCAUUGAUCAUGAAAAAUAACUUACGGAAAUGUGCUAGUUAAGUUAAAAUUAUUUCCUGUAAACAAUAUUGUAUCAAUUACCAACAAGCAAUUUAAGCACAUUAAAUGUUAAUGGCGGCAGUUUUAUUUAAUGAUUUUGUCUGUAUUAAUCAUAUAAGUCAGAUAAGUUUAUUUUAUUACAUGCCAUAUUAGUGGCAAUUUUUACAGCUACAUUGAUUCAAUAAAUAAUAAACACUUAAUAUGUUUAAUAUAUAUAUAGUGUGUGUUGGAGAAACCAUGCUUUAGAUAUCUAGUUACAUAAUGAGGUCAAUUGUAAAGGUAAGAGUCAUAGAAGUCUUGUUAAAACUUGUGUGCUCGUAUUACGAGUGCAAAAUCACAGAAACUAAGAAUAAUAUGUAAACUUUAAACAUUAACUUUGUAUUUAGCAAAGGGUGCGGCGAGUCAAAGACUUUGUGAAGUAUUGUUGUGGUUGUAUGCAAAUUAAAUCCAGAAAACAAA